UUCCACCUUUAUCAGACUAUCGCAAUGUCAGUAUAUUAUUUGUAAAUUAUAAUAAGUAUGAAUUUAUGUGAAUUCUGUUCAGUUAUCACAAUGAAAAUUUCGUUUGUUGAACCUCAAUCAUAAUGAAAUAUUGCUUAGUGUGAAAUUUCGGUAAUACAUUUUUGAAAAAUGAAUAUUCGCGAGGAAGUUAAGAGACAGAAAAAUCCAAGGGAAAGUGCUAAUGUUCUUUCUAGAAUCACCUUCGCAUAUACAGCAAGUUUAUUCAAAAAAGGCUUGAAAUGCGACCUCCAGGAAAAAGAUUUAUAUGAAGUUAUCAGUAGCUGCAAUUCCAAUAAAUGCGGAAAUAGGUUGGGAAAGCAAUGGAAGCUCCAAAAUCGAAAAAGUUCCUCGCCAUCGAUAAUUAAGUUAAUAUGGGUUCUAUUUGGUUGGAAGUACAUUUUAAUGGGAUGUACUAAAAUGACAGUGACAGUAAUAAGAAGUAUUUUAGAACCAAAUGCAGUCAGCAGCUUGGUAUCCUACUUCAAACCAGGACAAACGAAUAUAUCCAAAAACGACGCAUAUUUUCAUGCACUCGUAGUUUUGAUGCUGUACAUUUUCGACUGUUUCUUCGUCCAUAAUUAUACGCUUUGGGUGCAGCAAAUGGGUAUCGAAAUGAAAGUAGCGUUUUCCUCUUUUCUCUACAGGAAAUCGUUGAAACUCACCCCAGCUGAGAUCUCUCGGAUAACACUUGGAAAUGUGGUGACUUUGAUAACGAAAGAUGUCAAUACCUUCGUCGAUUCCAUACAGAUGUUGAACGAUUUAGCGAUAGGAAGCGUACAGACUGUCGUUGUAUGCUAUUUGAUUUACAAUAAAAUGGGAGUUACUUCACUCAUUGGGAUCGCUGUUCUUUUUUGUACAUUACCGAUACAAGGUUUCAUUGGAAAUUGGACCAUAAAAGUGAGAUUGGCACUAGGUAAAAAAUGUGACGAAAGGUUACAAAUCAUUCAAGAAUCGUUGUCGUUCAUCAAAAUUGUGAAAAUGUAUACGUGGGAGUCAUAUUUUAUCAAAAAAAUCAACACGGCAAGAACGAAAGAGCUGAGCAAAAUGCUUCUAGGAUUCUUCUUGAACAUGACGAUGCUCGUAACCGGAUUAUUAUUUGCCAGCAUUGGUUUCUACGUCUUUCUUUCAACGAAUAUUUGGAUGGGUUUCCCGACAGAUACCACACUAUUAUUCUACUUAGUAUCUAACCUUAAACACCUUAAACAGGCACUUGGAAACCUUGUAGCUCGUAACAUAACAAUUGUUGCACAAUGUUAUGCUGCUGUGACUAGAAUAAAAAGACUGAUGAACGCUGGAGAGUUACAUCCCAAAAUAGGAGUUCAAAGUGAACCAAAGAUACAUUUGGAAAAGGGAACUGUACGUCUUGAACAUAAGGAACUUUUGAAGAAUAUAACUUUUAGAGCUGGUCCAGGAUUGACAGUGGUAACUGGUAGAGUUGGAUCCGGAAAAAGUCUACUUCUGAAAACUAUCUUGCAAGAAUAUCCAUUGGAAAGCGGUAGUUUAGUGUGCUAUAAUAACAUUUCGUACUCGUCCCAGGAUCCUUGGUUAUUUCCAUCUUCUUUAAGACAGAAUAUAAUCUUUGGUGAAAAGUUUAAUGAAACUAGGUACUCAGAAGUCGUCAAAGUUUGUGCUUUGGAGUACGACUUCAGUUUAUUCCCUGAAGGAGAUGCCACAAUAAUCACUGACAGGGGGUUGAAUUUGAGUAAAGGACAACAAGCUCGAAUAAAUUUGGCAAGAGCCAUCUACAGAAAAAGUGAAAUCUACCUUUUGGACGAUCCAUUAGCAGAUCUGGACGUGAACGUGCAAAGCUACGUUUUCAAAGAAUGCAUACAAAAAUAUUUGAAAGAUAAAAUUUGUGUCUUUGUUUGCCAAACAGCAGCUUUCAUACAAGAAGCCAACAAUGUGUUUGUGAUGGAAAACGGAGAAAUAAAAACUUCUGGGAAGCCCAUUGAAAAGAUAUUGAGGGAAAUAUAUGACAUUAACGGAAAUGAUAAUGAUGAUACAAGUCAAGUUCAAGAAGAGGAAUGUGAAAUUACAACGAGUGAAACCGAGCAUCUUCUGAAGCCUCCUGUCGAGAGAGGGAAUAUUUAUAUGGAGAAAAAGAAAAGUGGCAUUGUCAAUUACGGCGUGUAUAUGAGUUACAUUAAAUGUGGCGGAGGACUGAUUGCCUUAUUUUUUGUGGUGUCAUUAGUUAUUCUUCUUGAUUUCUCUGGAAUUUACUCUAAAGGAUUACUAACCGAAUGGAUUGAUAAAAGACAACAUUUUUUGGAUUUACGAGAAACUAUUGCUGGAUUGCAAACUAACUAUUCGAACAGUACGAUAGCCGAUAAAAUUAAUUCUCUACAAAAAUCCUAUGAAGAAGCUGAGUCGCAAGAACAAUAUUCAUUCUUGGUUUAUUCCGUUCUGCUUCUGUCAUCGAAUGCAUUGUUGUUAGUGAAAUGUUUCGCUGUUCUGAAUUUCUGCAGACGCUCAUCUGUAAAUCUGCACAAGAAAAUGAUAAACAGGGUUGUCAGAGCUCCAAUGGCAUUUUACGAUACUCAUUUCAUCGGUAAUAUUCUUAACAGGUUCUCUCAAGAUUUGGUGAAUGUUGACGAGUACCUACCAACUGUUAUUGACGAAAGUUUUCGGGCAGCUGUUAUGGUUUUUGGACAUUCGUGGCUCAUCGUGAGUGUGAAUAUUAAAUUCGUCAUAUACGUUAUUAUUAUCAUUAUAAUGUCGUUUGUUUUGAGGCUGUUAUAUCUACCAGCAGGACGCAGUUUGAAGAGAUUGGAAUCGGCAACCCGAAGUCCGAUGAUUGGUCACUUAAAUGCGUCUUUGGAGGGAUUGACCACUAUAAGAGCUUGCAAAGCGCAAGAUAUCCUUGAAGAUGAAUUUGAUAGACAUCAAGAUUUGUAUACUUCGGCAUUUUAUACUUCCACAUAUGCAAUGGAGGCUUUUCAAUUGGCCCUGGACUCACUCUGCUCGAUAUUUGUGGUUCUUGUCAUUAUAGGCUUCAUCGUUGUAGAUACAGAUGUCAGUGCUGGCAAUGUAGGACUUGCUAUUAUGGAAAUCAUGUAUAUGGGAGAAGCGAUACGAUACUUGAAUCAAAGAUGGUCACAAUUGGAAACGCUUAUGACUUCAGCUGAAAGAGUUUUAGAAUAUAGUUCAGCGAGCCCAGAAUCAGAAAUCGGCAAUAUUGUAGAGAAUUGGCCAAAUUAUGGAGCUGUUGAUUUUGAAGACGUUUCACUGUCAUAUAAGAGCAAAAUGGUCCUCAAGCAUGUGUCCUUCAGAGUGGAACCAGGUCAGCACAUUGGAAUUGUUGGAAGAACUGGAGCAGGGAAAUCAUCACUGAUUUCUUCCAUCUUCCGGCUGUACGACAUCGAAGGGAAAAUUAAAAUCGAUGGGGUUGACAUCAAGACAUUGUCUCUGAAAUUCCUCAGGAGGAAUAUCGUCGUAAUUCCCCAAAAUUUCCACUUGUUUUCUGGAACCAUUCGUUCCAAUCUAGACCCUUAUAAUGAGUUCUCGGAUGAAGAUCUUUGGAAUGCUCUCGGGAAAGUAAACAUCAAGAAGUCUAUCGAUGAUUUGAAUAUGAAGGUGGAAAGCCGUGGAUCAAAUUUCAGUUCAGGUCAAAAACAGCUCAUUUAUUUAGCAAGAGCUGUUCUUCGCAGAACUAAAAUAAUAGUUUUAGAUGAAGCAACUGCUAAUAUGGAUAACGAAACAGAUAUUCUGUUGAAUGAGGUCAUGAAAAAUAAUUUUGAACACUGUACAAUUUUCAAAGUGUCGCACAGAUUGGAGUGUAUUUUGGAAUGUGACAAAAUUUUGGUUUUAGAAAAAGGGGAAAUCAAGGAAUUUGAUAAUACUGCCACUCUGUUAGAAAAUGAAGAAGGGCAUUUCUACGCAUUGGUUAAACAAGCGGGACUACUCAACUACUUAAAUUAGUUGUUUGAUAUGGAAAUUAUAUACACUAGUACAAAAUUUGGAUAUAUACUGG